GGCUUUCAGCCUUUCAGCCAGGGCAGCCCAAAUCCGAGCUGGGCCCACGUGCACGCGGCAUUCGGCCAGUCCGCCCGCGCCGCGGCCAACGCGCAGAAACACGUGCUGCAGACCACCGCAGACCUACUCGUGCACAGCUACAUCGAAGCCGGUUUCGCCGUGCCACCGACGGAGAAGUACAACGGUUUCAAAGUCUCCAGCAUCCGCAACCAGAACCGCGUGCAGCUCACCCAGUCCUUCAAGAUGCCCGACGGCACCGACCUCGCAGUGAAAGGGUUGCACAACUUCUGCUUCGUCGUCGCCAAGAACAUCCCCGAGAAGAUCCUCGCGCCGCUGCGUAACCUGCAAAAGGAGCACCCGCAGUUCAUCACGUGGUCCACGUGCGAGCCGAACACGGCCAUGGUGCACACCGCCCCGUAUGCCCUGACCGCGAAGUCGCCGGCCGCCCUCACGACCGUCCAGAAGCGCCCGGCGGUGGCCGUCGUCGGCGGUGCCGUCGCGAAGAAGCCCGCCAAG